AUUAGAUACAGGAAGAGACGCUUGUUCGGCAACUUUCCUCCCAGUACGGACAACAAUGAGAGCAUGUCAGUUAUGAGUUUUUUCAGCGUAGCUGUUCUCUGGAAAUAGCGGCCUCAUGGACAAUUUCCAACGCCAACAAUCUGUGUGGAAUUUAGUGAGGGAAAAUGUUCCCUACUCCGAGCUGCCUGAGUUUCGAGCUGUACUUGGAGAAACCCUCAUUGAUACGUGCACAGAGUUAUAUUCAGAGGUGGAGAUUUGGGAGACGAUUUGGCAGGAGGUCCAUCGCUCAGAGCAGGGCAGCAGACCAAAAACUCCUGUGUUCCCUCUGGCUGACCCUCCGGCUAUUAAAGGACUGCUAAAGGCUGAGAUUCAAUUGUUGCUGCUUACACUGAGGGAGAGAGCAGCCAGCCAGGGCAGGGAUGAAGAGGAGGUCAUGUCCCAGUACAGUCCUAGUGUGGUGAGUUAUGCACUUGGUAGCACACAGAGACAGGGGAGCCCAGGCAGCUGGUGUGAAAGACCCCUAUCGAGCUUGAGCAAGACUGGAAGCAGGUCAGUCUCCAGCCUCUCAUCUCACACUAGCUUUGAGGAAGAAAUCAAGGCCUUAAGACACAAAUUAAAUAUUAGCCAUAUAGAGGAGAUUGUGUCCCAUCUCAGGUCAGUCCUAACUGAAGAGUGUGAAGCCUUGAAAAGAGAUGUGCAGGUCUUGCAGGAGAACAUAGAGACAGAGAGAGCCAGUAGGCAGAGAGGAACUGCAUCUCCUGAACCCACUGUUGCAGAGCUCAAAGAGGUACGGAGACUCAUUCAGAAUGAUUGGAAGUUUCAGAAUUUGAUGAGCUGCUACCCCACCACUGAUAUUUUGAGUACAAGAAACCCACAAAUCCAAGCCAGGGAAACAAGUAAGCUUGAUUUGUCUGCUCCUGGAAUAUAUGCAUCUCAUUUGAAACCAUGUCCGCCCAGAGACAAAGACCAUAUCAUAACUGCGGUCUCGCUCAGUCAGAGAGACAAACCCACCGCAGGAUCUUCAAAGACCUCGGUCUCUCCCUCAGACACUGCACAGCACAGAAAACUAGAUCAAUCCCAUUCAAGAUUUUCCAUAGCUUCUUCACUCGAGAGUGAUCUACGACUAAUGAAUAUCAAUAACUCUUCAACAACUGAACAAAAAUUCUCAAUCCCUAGUUCUGCUAUGGAACAUGAGAGUAUGCCCAAGGAGAGCAAAUACAGAGGAAAUUCAGUAAGAGCUUCGGCGUUCAGACUGGUUCCAGCAGCUUCAGUUACAGUGUCUGGAUCCACCAAAAAUCUCCUCCUGAAGAUGGAAGUGACUAGAGACAGUGACCUUGGCCAUCUCCAGCCGACUCCUCCGACAGUGCAGAGACCAGCCAGCAGGGGGCCGAGGGGAAGCAGACACCUGUGCGUUCCUCAGCCUGACAGUCUGCUCAGUACAUGACACUCUGCUAUACUCUGUCAGUGGGACAUCUCUGCUGUUAAUGUCAAAGGUGAAACAGUUUCACAAGUUUUCUGGCCUAUAAGAACCAAACUGCAAAUUUGAGAGGAUUCCAAAACCUACAGCCUAGGGUUUUUGCACAGUUUCAAGUUAAGGAUUUUGAAAUGUCUUUAAGACAAUUAUUUAUAAUGAAUUUGUCCAAAAAAAAAAAAAAAAACACCCCUUACCCAAAGAGACUAAAACACAAGUCAGAGCUGAUUUUUAAAAUAAACUUUAUUUACCAUUUCAAAUUGAACAGUUUAAGAUACACAACUGACAUGACUAAGACAUUUUCGAUGCAGUUUGGCCCUAAAAUUGAAAAGACAUGGUUAGAUAUGUUUGAUAAAGUAUUGAGCUCAUGGCAUUGUGCUUGUCAUUCUACAACUUUGCUGUUUUAUUUUGCCAUGAACACAGCAGUAUACACAAACAAUUGUAAAGACAUCACCUCUUUUAGGAUGCAGGAAACGGGAAACUUGUUUUUUGUAAGUUUGUAAUAUUUUCUGUUGCUUUCAAACACACGAUAUUUUAAAGUGCUGUGACAACAUGAAAAUGCAUGGUAAUGUUGUUGUUUUUUGUUGUUUUUUAACAGACACUUUUGAAUGAUCGUAGGUAACAACAAGGAAUUCACAGUUACUAUGAUUUUGUGUAUAGUUAUACGUCUUACAGCCACAAAAUUGUGCUCAAUUAAUAUUUCCAUCUAGGACCUAGAAGUAUUUGUUCGUGUGCAUAUUUUUUCACCAAAUUCAAGUUUUUGUUUUGUUUACUCUAAAGACAGCCACCGCACCAUUCCAUCGCUCCCUAACAAAACUAAUUUAUGAUAUUCUAUGCAAUAAUGACGUCUUAUGUGUGAAGAUUACAUUUUAUGACACAUAGUUUCAAAGCUGAGCCAUACCAGUAGCAAAGUCCACAUAGAAGUAUUACCAAUUGUGUGCUAUUUUCUAAAACAUCUUAUAUGCCAAGAGCUGGUUGAUAUCUGACAUGGUUUAUUUAUGUUAAUAUUCCCACAUUAACGUUCCUAAAUAAAAACAUAGUUUUUUUUUUUUAUGCAUCACUAAACAUUUCAAAUGCAUAGCGAAAAUUAUUCAAAGCUGGGCAUGCUUUCCAAACAAUCAAAUGUGCUCUCUCCUUCAAUUAGUUUUUACAUUUUGCAGUUAAUGAGAGUACAAGAAACUGGAUCAUGGGUAAAUUAAAUCCCUUUUAAAUUGAUAGAAAUGUUUAUACUGUACUUAAAGGGUUUUGCAGCACACAACAAAUACUGUAAACUUCAAAAUGACUACAAUACUGAUGUGAAAAUAUAACACUGUUGGCUUUAGACUGUGUCCUUCCACAUUAAUAUGCAACUUUUCUGUAUUAUCUAGCAUGACCAAACACUUUUGCUAAAAGCAUUCCUGUAUUUAUUUAUUUUUUUUAACUUUUUUUCCAAGUUUUAGUCCAAAGCCUUUGUUUGGCAACAUGUUUGAGAUCAGCUGGCUUGAGGAGGUUUAGGAAAAAAACGUAGUGUCACAGAACAUUGCUAAAAAUGAGUUUUAGGACUAUAAAAUAUAAAAAGGAAAACUCUCUUACAAAGGUAUGUUCUGUUUUUUUAAAUGGCAAUAUGGAUAAUUACAUAUUAAUAAAAUUACAUGACAUGAAUACUGGUAAGAACAUGAACUAGGUUUGACUCAGCAGCUGAACAUCCACUACACAGAGCACUCUGUAGUCUGUACACAUAACAUUAGCAAUGUUACUAUAAGAAAUAAAGUAAAAACAACUAAGAAAUAAACCCACCUACAGCAUUUUACCC